AUGUGCGUCAGAUGCGCGCGCAGUUUCUUUGAGGAAGAGCGGUAGCGUUUAAAACAGAUUAAAAAGUAAAAACAACAGAGUGAACCAAGUUUUUUUUUAAGCUUUACAAGUUUGGACACCAAACCGAAUGACCCGAAUCCUGACGCCAAACGGACUCGGAUUGCACCAAACGUCCCCAGUAAAUGACUUGGUGUUAUGUGCAAAAUCUUUGGAAAUAUGUUGUUGAAUUUCCUUGGAGAUCGAGGUUUCUUUUCACUUCUCCAGCUUUUCAUUUGAGUUGACUUCAAAUCUCAAGGCGAUGGCAGCAGUACGGCACGUCGAAAUGCUUGCGGUUAAAGGAGAAGUGCUUGCUUUCCAGUGCAAGAGUUUUAGCUCGAAAACCAGAGAUCAUCGCAAAGGCUCGGAGGUUUCAUUCUACAGUCUGUCCUUCGCCCGAGACUCGCAGAGCUUCUCCAUUAGAGAUCGUAACUUGUCUCUGAUUCACAAGGACGGCUCUGCAGAAGCGGACGUUGUUCAUUGUUGCUCCGCUCUGGAUAUUCAGCAGAGGCAAAAAGUGCCUUGUGUUUUACUGAGACUGUGCAAGAAGAGGACGUCUGCUUUUAAGUACAUGCUUUACUCCAUAUGCACAUCCACCGAUGCGAAACUUCAUGCUGAGUUUGUGUUGCCGUACGAGAUGAGAGAUAAUAUUUCAAUAUUGCUCGGCCCUGCAUUGAUUUGGAGUCAUGAAAACUCAGUUUUUUAUACAUCCUCGCAAACCAGUGGAGUGAAAGAAGUGCCAAUUCCCAUGACGGUCAAUUUUAUUGGCGAACUUCCUCUUCGCCGAAGAAAGCUAGUGAUUCAAGGAGCCCAAAAUGUGCCAAGUGAUCAAUCUAAAGUCAAAAACAUACUGUAUUUCAUAGAAGAUGGAAGAACCUUGAGUUCUGCAUGUCUUGUACCUGAUGCCUACAGCUCUGUGAUCCAAUGCAUGAUGGUUCUGUCGGCGGAAGAAUUCGACGGUGGUUGGAGAUCGGCUGUUCUGGCGGCCACAAGCAUGAAACAGCUGGUUCGUUUUGAGAACGGACUUCCUCUGGAUGUGUGUCUCCUUCCUUACGAGCAACCGCUGAGUAUUCAGGUGAUUCACACUCUGAAAAACGACGGUCUCGUUGUCGUAACCUUCAGUCAGGGAAACGUCUGCGCUGUGUGGAAAGACACUUUCCAGGUGGCGGGGUGUUGGACAGGAGUGCGUCUGCUGCUCGUUGAUGACUUUAUGGGAUGCGGGACGGAUCAGAUGCUCUUAGUGUUUGAGAGUUCAUCAGCAGAGCCACUUAGCAGCUUUCUACUCACUGAUCUGUGUGCCGUCACUUACUCUUGUUGCCGAUCAGACGGUGAGGAGCUGAACUCAUCAGACGCAGCGCAGGAGAAUCACCUUCUUACGGUUCAAGCCUUAGAGUCCAGACUGCAGAGCGGCCUGAGCGGCCUUGAAGACCUUCAGAGAGACGUGGAGGUCAAAGACAGACUUCUACAGCAGUCAUUAGUGGCUUUAACUGAUCUGGUGUCAGGCAGAGAACAUGCAAUCUCCUCUCCAGAGCAGGAGGGGCUUGUUUCUCUGUGGGAUGAAGAUGAUGAUGAUGAUGGUGCUGGAGAUGAAGAGGAUGCUGGGAUGCAGACUGAAUGCGCUGAGGCUCCUCUGAAGAUGCACAGAGUUUGGCAAAGAGUCAUCGGACAGAGUUUGAUUGUCGGUGUCGUUCUGACGACAACAAGUAACACGCCAGGCCGUACCACCCGUUCUGCCCCUUGGCUAUCUGAUAUUCUCCACGAGCAUUGUUCUAAGCUCAGGGCUGCAGAAAGGGUGUGGCACGAGGCCAGAGACGAUCUCCUCAGCCUGCUGGCGCUGCUGGACGUGUGGUUUUUCCGGCUGGAGUGUCCGUGUCACACGCUGGCGGAUGUGCAGGGCUGGUUGCAGGAGUCGCUGCGGUUCGAGAGGCUGGAGAUCGACCCACGCUUCACUGCAGACCCAUCGAGCGUCAGGCUCUUUCGCUGGGAGCAGAACUCACCGUUUCAGGGCAUCUUGAGCGUCUACUGCAGGGAUGAGCUGAGUUUGCUGCACUUCCUGCACUCGCUGUGUGACUUCCUGCCCGUGUCACAUGACGUGCAGCCGCUGGAGAGGCCGAGCGUCUGCGCUGGAUCUCUGGCUCAGACUCUGCAGACGGAGAUCCACACCGUGACGCAGGAGGCGUCUUCAGUGCUGCGCACUGAUGAGGGAGCGAGGAGAGGAGAAGCGGAGUCACAGACGCUCCACAACCUCAGGGAGGAGUGGCUUAAAGAACGGGGGCGGUGCAACGAGAGGCUCCGCCCCCUGCUGGACGAGACGCGCUACAGCAGACUGAUAGAGCGCAUGAUUCACGCGCAGCUGGAUGCAGAUGAAGCCGCUCUGAUGGAAGCUCCUCGUCUGUAGGUAAAGCCACAUCAAACUCACCGUCCCGGCGGUCCAAACCUGUGUGCUGUUCUGGCAAACUCAUAAAAAUACCGGCUAGAAUACACCAAAAAAAUGAUCAUU